UUAGAACCUUCACCAUUGGCAACCUAACCCAAACAUAAUCUUAGAACCUUCAAUUUCACUGAAAUAUCACUCACAUAAUUUGAUUGCUCUUCAAUUCCUGAUAUUUAUUUGAUCAAUUUCUUCACCAAACACCAUGGAACAGGUAAAAAAAUACCUGAGGGGUCUCCCUCCUCAGUCUGCCUGAGCUCUAGUCAGAGUCACAGAGAGCCUCAGCUGAGUUCUCAAACUCCCAUGGACGCCACACCACAGGCUCCUCAGGUGAAAAAGGUAAAGGUGGCACCCCAGGGACACCAUCAAAAAUCCAAUGACCUGAAGCAGAGGCUGGAGAUCGCAACCAUGCUUCUGCAGCUUGCACAGGAUGUCCCUGCCUUGAUUCCAGAGGCCAGAUGCACCAUCAACCUUCAGAAGGAACUUCUCCUGAUACAAGAGUGCAGCUCCAAAGGGAACAAAAGCACCUUCGGUCCAAAAAAAGGAACCUCUGUGAAGGCAUGUGCCCGUCAAGGGACAGGCUCUAACACUAAGGGAUGCAGCAAGACCCAGAAGCCCUGUUCCACUGGAAAAUAUGGCCAGAAGAGAAAGCACCUUAGCUCUCUGGACUCUGGCCCUGUGGUGGGACCGGAGUGGACGGCAGCUAGGGACAAGGAGGACAUGUUCUUCCCCCACUUGGAGGACUCUUCUCUCAUGGCAGAGGCCAAAGAGAGGAAAAGGAGGGAAAUGGCUCAGGAAAGCAGUCUUCGGCAGAUGGCCGAGCCCGUGGAGGAGAGCUACAUCAAAAACGCUGCUGUUCUUCCAGACCUCCGGCCGCUGCCACCUCUGGCCCCCUCAUCGGCCCAGAGCAGCUCCCUUCUCUCUGCAGCCCUGAGUGAGCCUCUGCUGACCCACGGCCACACUGCGGAGGACUACCAGGCCAUCUACCACUCGGUGGAGGACUACCAGGCCAUCUACCACUCUGCGGAGGACUACCAGGCCAUCUACCACUCGGUGGAGGACUACCAGGCCAUCUACCACUCUGCUGAGGACUACCAGGCCAUCUACCACUCAGUGGUGGACCCCAUGCUGAAGACCAAGUCUGGGAACGCCCGCCAGUACAACCUUGGCAUGGGUCGUGCCAUCAAGCAGCGUCUGUUGGAGAAGAUGUCCUGCCCCACCCUGGUGGAGACAGUGGACUCAGAUGGCCGAGUGCACAUCACCAAGUCCUUCAGUGCCCCCACCUUAAAGUCCUAUGCUCCACAGAUUGGCGUGGGCAUCAGUGGGGAGGCGCUGCCUGGGCAGCCAAAGAGGAAGAGGGCCAGGCACUGAUCUCAUGAAUUAAUCGGCAUUGACCACUCACUGGUUUCAACUAACACAUUUCCGUUUUUUAACAAUUAUAAGAAUUUCAAGUAGUGUAUUAAACAUAAUUAUAUUAAGUAUU